GGCCCGACCGGCGGAUCACAAUGUCUCCCUUACGGCUCAGUAUGUGACGACACGCCGUUGGGGCAUGUAACAGUUACCCGCUCUCUCGCUCCACACUCUUCCAGUCACUUCAUACAACUGGAUGACCGCUCACAAUCUCUCCAACUCCAAACCGACACUCACCCAAUAUUGCCUAGACCCCGUCGCCGGUGACGUGCACACGAUCACCCUGCGUACACGCAAUAGCCCGUUCACACACGGUCGUAAUCCUGCUAAACCGGCCCCCCCGACCGUGUAUGUAUAAUUGACUUCGGGUUUUCGCUCUGGCCGGGAGAGACAGGACUUUGGCUAGGAAUCGUGUCCGUCGCGAAACCAAAAGCGCGAUUUUCAAAUGUUUUCUGGUGUGCUAGUUGUUGAAGACUGUUCUGUGCCGGCGACUAGAUCGACGGGCGCAUUAUCUCCCCCCGGUUCCACUUGGAUUUGGAAUAUGCACGACUGAAGUCUAAAUAAGUUAGUGCUUCUAUUGGUUGAAUCAACCAGACAAGAUGGUUUUGAACAUCACCUCCACCGCGACAUGCAAUGCACCAGCCAAGGUUUCGCAUCGGAAGGACAUACUCGCACCAACCUGGGAACCGAAGGGUGCGUCUUGUUUUCGGUAGGCUCGUGGGCCACCCAUAUGCCGAAAAGACUAUUGCCAGAACACCGAUAUCAUUGUUCCCCACGAUCAGCGUAGGCUUUCUGCUGUGUCACACUUGUUUCUUAUCAACUGGUGAUUGUAAAUUAGUGGUGACUGUUGACUUGUUGGUGUUCACGGUGCGAGCGCUGCAUGAAGGGACGUUGGUCAAAUACCGGACCACGGCCCAUAUACGAUAUCCGCGGUGUUGGAGCAUUCCAGCUCAACUGGCCAGCGUCUUAUUCAUCCUUGCCACUUUGACCAUAGCGGCAAGGUGCCAUGCGUCGAAUACGGACGCCAAUCAUCGACAUCUAGUCCAAAACAAGCCACCGCCACGUCCCGGUCCGAGUCCAAUCGACUAUUCCAAUGUCCGUCACAGUUCCAGUAUAGUUUUAAGAAAAUUAUUCCCCAAUCCGAAUCGAAGUGAUACUAGAAUUACUACGAGGUCGAGUCCCGUUAAUUACAAAAACGGGAUUAGAACUAAACGCGAGAUCCAUUCCCCAGUUCUGAACCACUUCGCGAACGUCAAGUCGAAAUCGUCGUACGAGGAAAACUUCACGUCGUACAAGGACUAUCCAGAUCAAAUCGAUAAAUUUAAUAGUAGUCACAAUGUAUCAUUAAUCCAGAAAUAUAAUAUCGUUAGCUUAAGUAACAAUAGUCUCAGUGCGGGUGAGAGUCUCAGUGAUAAAGUUAAUAAUCCGAAUCAAACGAAAACGUACAGCGAAACACAGACAGAAAACGAAGAUCCAGUCGAAAACGUACGCACCGAAAAUCGACGCAAGGACAGCAAGCAGUUCAUGCAGUCAGUGCUUACGCACAGUAAAAAUUCAACAAUAACCGAAGCAAUACCAACCGAACGAGGCGACGAGUCAGGGCGACGCGUAGCGAAGACGAGCGUCGUGGGCGACGGUGGGGGCGGACCGAGGGCGGCCGGUGGCGGCGGCAGCGAGGGAGGAGGCGGCGACUGGGGUCUGGUGGUGUUUGCGGUGGCGCUGACCGGGACGGCAGUGGGUCUGGUCACGUGUCUGCUCGCCUAUCGGGGGGUGACGGGGGGCGGGAGCGGUCCGGCGCCCGCCACGUCCUCGAACCCGCCGCACCACCACGCCGCCACAGCCACACCGACAACCACUUCACCGAUGUUGUCGGUGGUGAGUGCCGGCGCCGCGGCGGGCAUGGGCGGCAUGGACCGGCUACGUGGUGGAGGAGGCGGCGGUGGAACGGGUGUCGGAAGGGCGGCGGCGGCCGCCCGUGAACAGCAACUGCGACUGCACUCGAUGCGGACAGACUUUGCGGUCGAUCUGCCGCCAAGCAUAGGGCUGCCAGACGGCGAGCACGACCACCACUCGCUAGGCGCCUCGAGGCUGCUGCAUCUUAGGGACCCUGACCAGGAAUCGGAAAUCUACCAAAAGUGCAUUCGACCGCCGCCUAACCGGACGGUGUUGGAGUCGGAGUCGCCGCCGCCGUACCGAUCGCACUCGGCGGGCGUGCUGUCCACCUCCACCUACUCGUCCACGAACUCCACAUCGUCCGCGUCGUCGACGUCGUCGACCACGAGCGGCGGCGGCGCCGGCUGCGCCCACAGCGCCGACUGGUCGUCGUCCGGAUGCGCCUCGCUCGUCGUACGCUGCCACUCGAUGUCGUCGUCCACGGGGGCCCACAGGACGACGCCACACGGCGCCAGCUCUAACGCCGCCGUUGCACCCCAGAAGACUGAUUUUUUACAAAGGACUGUUAAAAUAUUGACCGGCGGCGGUAAAAAGGCGCACCAGCCGCAACCGCCGCCGGCACCCACGUUAUCCGUCGUGGUGGUACCCAGGAGGAGCGAGGCGCAGCGUCACAAGCUCACGCCGCCCCAGUCCGGCGUCUGACCAUACGUCCCCGUCUCCGCUAGACAUUAUAUGUGAAUUAUUAUUGUAGUUACAAAACGAUUCCAUUUUUUUUUUUUCAUUAGAAUGUAUGCUACGCGAAAACGGUCCAGGAACAAUGUGCGAAGCCGUUCCGGGCAACACAAGUACCACAACGUAAAAUUCCAUAUCACCGUACUAACUAACAUUCGACUUGAAUAGAAUUUUAGAUCUAUUUAUUAUUCUGUUCACCCAUCAAGUUUUUGUUUUAAGAUAUUUUUGUUAUUAUUUUUUUUUUAAAUAAAUAUUUACAAAAUUUUGAAUAUUAUUCAAUUCCAUGCAAGAGAGUGUUCUCCUAUUGAAAACGAAAAGGAAUUUUUGGGUUGUGAUACCGAAACUGUCCAAAAAAAAACCUGAUUGAACCUCAGUGAUAUUUGUUCCGAAAUCUUUGUUCGCAAGUAGUAUACGAACCACGACUCACAAUCCGGCUGUCGCAUGCGCAUUAACUGCGUGCGGCCCGCUUAUUAUAUGUAUAUGUUUAUAUUAUACAUCCGAUAUAUCUCUUUGACGCAUAUGGACGUUCUAGCCAUCUUUUUAUUUUGAGAAUAGAUGCAGUGAAAACGGACACUUUUUUAUUGUGGUUUCCAAUUUUUUGUGUAAUGAGAAGACUUUUAAAAAUUACCCGCGCAUUUCUUAGGAACCCGUUGGAAUAUGUAUUGUAAUAGUCGCCAAUGUAAUAAAAAUUAACGGUGCCAAAUGUGUUCGAAAGAUUGUGUACUGUGUACAUGGCCGCCCCUGCAGCACUGGCAAAACAGUAGCAAAAGUAGUUGAAUGCCAUUAUUAUUUAAUUAUUAUUUUUUAUUUCGGUGAAUAAAUUAUUUAUUUAUGCGAAGUUGCUGGUGCCGCCGGGGUCUUAUGAUAUUUAAAUAAAUCAAAAUAAAUAUUUGGCAUUUGAAUCGAUAUUCCAGGCGGCGAAUUUAAACAAUUGACAGUAGAACAUUGUUCUGUUUUUAAAUAUUGUUUAUUGUAUGAAAAUGGAAUAUUGAAGUGCAACAUUUACGGCAGAAUCCUAAGAAUUGAAUUUCAUUUCUUUUUUAUGCAAAAGUGUUCAUCUUAUAGUCAACCGUCGUAAACUAAAUAGAAAAACAACUGAUAAUAUAAUCAUCACGUUUGGUUUAAUGGGCGUAGGCGACGAAAACGGACCUCGAUAUCAAUGAUGUAAAAUACAAAAAGGCACAAAAAAUUUGUCCAGUACAUUCAGAAGCGGCUCAUUUUUAUUGUCAGUCUUAUGUUUGGUUAGUUUCACGUUUGUAAUCCGCAUUUUUUGUGUCAUUGUGUACAUAAAAUUAGGUAAAAUGUUAGUGAAUUCGCUGAAAGACGCAUCGUAGCUAUGUAUUACUUUAAAUGAAUGUAAAUUAUUAUUUAAAAUGAACCUGUAAAUAGUCUCUAGGUAAAUACAACCGGUCCGUUUUCGUAGCAUGCCUCCAAGCCAAAUAUCCUAGCCAAUGUUAAAUAAUAUAAUAAUUAUAUUAAAGAAACAAAUAUUGUAUAUGGUAGUAAGACCGUAUAAAAUAGCGAAACAUAAGCAUAUGUGAUGAUACGGUGCUUGGGAACAUAUGUGUGCAUAACUUAUAAAAAAUAUUAGAUAAAACAUCUUUAUUAUACGCAAAAAUAUAUCCGGGUGUGAAGAAUUGCACUUGCAAUUGCAAUCUGAGUUCAUCAAAAUAUUGUGAUAUUUAAUUUGUAAGUAUCAACAAUCUUGGUCUGCGACCACAUCGGCAUCUUUUGGUUGUUUCGGUGUCGGCUCGCCCGCCCCGACCAACAAUAAAAAUGUAUUUUUUCUGCCCGUUAUGUUUUUGUUACUUUUAAUCCGGUGCAAUUUCUAUAUGUAAUUCAGAGUAACAGGACUAUCGUUCAUUAAAAUGUAUAAAAAUUAUCUCGUACAACUGAUACUUGAACUGCGAAACGUGUUCAAUUAAUUUAUUGUUUUACUAUUUAUUUAUGUAUGAAUUUGAAAAAUUUCUCAAUUGUAGCGAUAUAUGAUUUUUUUAAAAAAAGUCUUUUAAACUGUCGUAAGUCAAUACUGCUUUAUUUGUAUAUAAUUUAAGUCACAAUGUUGUAUAUUUUUAUAUAUGUAACUGAUCCAACUAAAAUUUAUUUAUUUUGUCAUAUAAAUUUUAAUAUAACUGAUAAACUGUACCUAUUACCUUGUUUGUCUUAGGCUUAGCCUUUUUCACGAAGAUCUGCAAACUUAUUUCUUUAAAUAAAUUAAUAUCAUUACUUCUAAUGAAGGUUUUGUUAAUAUUGUAUAAAUAAUUUUAAAAAAAUUAUUUUUGUAAAAACAUAAUUUUUUAUAUAUUUGUAAAUUAUAGUUAGUAAUUUUUAAGUGAUAAUUUUUUGUGAAUACUGAAAUUGGCAUAUUAAAAGAAAGUUAAUUUACAUGUAUGCUGCCCAAGCCAAAAAAAGUCUUCAUAACAACAAGAAAAAUGUGAUUAUAAUUAAAUUUUAUUAUUAUAAAAUAAAUAACAAAUUAAUUAAAAUGUUUUUAUAUUAGUGAAUUAUUAAAACAACUUAAAUUGUAAAAUUCGAUUUGGUUUCUUUUCUCAACUAUAACUAGUUUUUGUUUAAAAAGACAUACAUCAUGUGUAUUGUGAUUUAUUUAUAAGUACCAUGAUCAUUCGUAAGAAAAAUAAAUCACUUUCAUUAAA